CAUGGAUACGGCCGAACAUGUUUAUCCACACCCAGACCCUAGACUAACUUACUCUCCUUUCUCCGCGACCGUCCGUUUGCACAUGCAUGCACCUGUGCUAGUCAAGGAAGCGAAGCCCGAAUAAUGCAGCGACCCUGAAUCUCCCGCCCAUUCCAUCUCCCUGCUAUCCUAAAAACCCACGACUCACCCUCCCCCGCUGUUCGUCAUCGCAUCGCCGCCGCCGCCGCCGCCGCGCAACGCUUACCUCUUCUCGAAUCCGCAACGUCACCGCUCUGAGCUUCAAUGAACGCAGCGCGCCAGGCGUGUCGCCCCAAGCACCAGGUCCUGGUCCUCAAAUGCUACCCAAAAGUCCAGAAGAGCGAUGCCGAAGCAAAGGCCAAUUCGAGCGAGCUCAGCUAUCUGCUCUUCUAUGCGAGCACUCGCCGCAGUAAGCUGCAAAAGGUGGUCGACUUCCUAGACAAGAGGGCGACCAAGGAUGUGUGGAAAGUCAGGACAGGCAAUGUGCAGGUUACGCUGCAGAUUGUCAGGGCGCUGAUUGAGAAAUGCCCGCGCGAUCUUCCCCUCUAUGCGAGUGCCGUACUGCACAUCCUGCGAACCAUUCUCAACUCAAACGACGUUACCAUGGUGGAGGAAUCAGUGCCGACGUUCGAAGCUCUAUGCGCGCAUCAGGAUCCCGCCGCCCUCGCAGCCGACCAGGACUAUAUCAAGAAGUACGAGGAGAUUGUGCAGUUGUACGCUCAGUUCGCGUCCAAGGAGACUGUCAAGACGGGCAAGGCACCAGUCAGCUGGCCCGUUGCAGUCAGAUACCGCAAGGCUGGACUCCAGGCCCUGAAGGCGAUUGCCUCGUCUGAGUCAUUAGGGUCCGAGACAGGGCGUCAAUUGGGCGCCGUCAUACCAGUCAUACUCGUCAACAUACAUUCAGAGAGUGGUGCAUACCUCAAGAGGUUGGAAGCACGGGAAGCCACCAAGGGCGAACACGACAAGGAGCUGGCAUUACGGCGGCGGCAGAGUGUAUCCACUGCACGGACCGACGAUGAAGACGGCGACCCGAUCGCGGCAUCCGGAACGACCGAGGAUGCGGAUAAGCUUGCAGAAGAGGAGGUUGGAGUACUUGCGCUUCAGGCGCUGAGGAGCAUAUUCCAGGGUGUAAAUCGAGGGCAACUUCGGCUUGCGACCUCAGCAGUGCUCAAGUUUAUCGCAUCACAUGUCAAGAGCUCACAGGAGGCUACCCCAAGCGAAAGCAGCCAUUGGGCGACUACUCUCAUGGCUUUGAUCUGCGCAUGGGUCCCUGUACAGGACCGAUACACAAUCCUGGUAGGCGCAGUGGAAGCCCUGGUUCGCAGUCCAAUCGUGGAAGACGACCUCGAACAACAGCUGGUUCUGGCGACUAUCAUCGACUAUCUUCUAGCCUCGACAAUCAACUUCAUCGGACUCAGUGUCAUGGAUGUUCUGGUCGGACUCAUCUCUCACUCAUUGCUACUCCUUCAGCUUGGUGGGCCAGGAUCGAACAUUGUACCGCAUCACCAGCAGACAACAUCUGUUGUGGGAGAAAAAGACCCUAGCAACCAAUCUUCGACGACUAAUUUGGACGCUGUAGUCACGGAGGUCGUCAAGAAGCCCUCUAACGUGAGGCUACAACUUCUGGAUACCGUACAGAGAUGCAUGGCGGAUCUCGCAACACAUGUGUACUAUACAGAUCAGAUUUCUGACAUGGUGGAAGCGAUCCUGAGCCGCCUCAAGCCAUCACGUCUCUUGAGCGUUUCCUCCACCACUGAAGCAAUACAGAACCCCGAAGGCGCUAUAGACGCCGUUGCGGAUUCGAUCAGCAUGCAGGAAAAGACGCAUGUAGACCGCUUCUUCUCUUUCGAAACGGCACGUAUCACUGCUCUCGAUGCGGUCAAAGCCAUUAUCAAGACAGCAAACGCACGGAGACCAGACGGCUCAACUGCAUCUGUGUCGCGGAGCAAAGUCGGUGUGAGUGUCUGGGAAGGCACUCAAUGGCUUCUGCGCGAUCCAAGCGGCCAGGUCAGGAAAGCCUACGUCGACGCGCUGAUUACGUGGCUUAAUACGGAGAAGAACAAGGAAGAUCUGAAGAUUGUGGAUAACUACAGGCGGAAGGAGAAGGAGAACGAUAAGAAUGCGUUGGCUAGACGUGCAGUCUCGAAUGCAUCGAACAGGGAAAGAGUAUUGAAACGUGGUAGGGACACGUUCUUGCCCCUGCUUCAUCUAGCUGUCUAUGAGAACGCGCUUCACUACGUCGAUUCUGAGGCCGACUAUCUGCUUCUGCACUUGCUGCUCACCACUCUAGUCAAUAGACUCGGAGUAAACGCAGCGAGGAGUGGACUGCCAAUGAUCAUGCGACUACAAGAAGAUAUCGUAACUAUCAAAGACCCAGGUGCUAAACUGCGCUUGGGCAGCUUGGUACAUGGCUACCUCUGGGCGCUCAGCAUAGCCCUGGACUUCGAGGUCUCCUCUGUCGGACGUGCCCUGCACAACGAAAUCUCGCGUAGAAGCAGCAAGGGUCUGUGGAUGAAGAGCAUACGCGUCCCGCCCAUGCCCAUUGAGCUCAUAGAAACACCUCAUGCGACACCUGUCGCUGUACCAGCAGAGAUUGUCGAGAACGAAGCUCUGAAACCAUUUGACAACAGGGAAGCUUUGGUCGAAAAGAUAUCGGAAGGUUACUCGACUUCCCUAUACUCGCCGCCUUCUUCGCCCCCUGGCUCACCUGGCCGCGGAGCCAAUGCGUCUAUCCCUACUAUCCAUCAACCUGUGCAGCAACCUCCAAGCCACCAAGGCCCACCUGAACUCCCAUUCAAAGUCCGAGAAGACCUCCUCUCGGACUGGACGAGAGACGGCUGUCUAUCAUCCCACACAAAAGACUCGUCAUCUGCCUCCAUAUCAGGAUCGAAAACAGGCACGCAUUACACCGCCGCGACACAGAAGAACAACUUCCUCGGCGUCAAUGUACAAAAUGAGAACCUGGAUAGUAGCAAUGGUAGCUCGCCUGCUCAAUCGCCACGACGUGCGCACAGUCGUCCGCCGUCGGCAGCAUACGGGCUUGUAGGUCGAUUGUCGAGUCCGAAUCGGAGCAGAAGUCCGGGUGGCAACACACCAAAUUCUUCGUCGAGUCUGCGGUCUACAGUCAGGGUUGAUGAUUUGCGACGGGCAUUGAGUACAAGUCAUGGUGGGGCGCCGAGGACGGGAUAUUCUCACCGCGCACCGAGCCAUCGGGCAAGAAAGAGUCUCAGUGACCACGACGCUUCCUCAACAAGUGAUUCCAUGGUCAGUGUACAUUCUCUGUCCGACGCGUCGUUUAUUACUACGAGUCCGGCGAAGGAGGAGCAGCAGCAGAGUGGUGGUGUGCAGAAUCCAGAAUCGCCUACUACGCCGGCUGCUACUUCUACGCCCAGGCCGACAACAGCUACUUCCAUGAACUUUGGGACAGCAGCAGCAGGAGGAGGGGGAAGGGAAAGUACGUAUACGAUGGAUAAUUUGCCGCCUGUGCCGCCUAUUCCUGAGGAUCUGCUCAACGGGCAGAGCGAGGCUAGGGAUUUUGCUGCGAGACCGAAGACGGCGCCUAAUGGUGCGGUGAAGAAGAGUAGGAGUGUCAAGAGUGGAGUGAGCAGAGGUAGGAGUGGGGAUCGUAGAAGGGGGACUGGCUUGUCGAGUAGUAAACCGGAUUUUACGGGCUUCUUGGAUAGUAUUGGGGUUGAGGAUGAUGAAGAUGAUUUGGAGAGUGUUGGAAGUGGUAUUUCGAAGGCGCCGUAUUGAAGUGGUUGGUUUUGGUGGGUAAUUGGAGAUGUUGGUGUGUGUGUGUGUGUGUGUGUGAUUUAGCGACGUUCGCAGGCACAACGGAGAUUUGGGAUGGGAGGUGUGUGUGUGUAUGUGUGUUGGGUCUAUUCUUCCGUCUUCCUUGUUUCUGCUGUUGCUGUGCAUAGUUCCUUCUUAGCUUCGGCUUUUUGCUCCUAUGUUCGAGAAAAGUCUUCUUGGUAAUACAAAGAUCCCAUUUGUUCACUUGCGGAUGUACUCUUCUCAUACCAAGGUCUGCGUUGAGCAAUGUUGUCAAGCGGGGGUUGAAGCGUGCCAAUAGAUGUCGACUAUGGCUUCACAAUGUCUCUACAUUACGG